AUGGGAGCAAUAAUCAGAUCAGACACGACUGAACUAGAUAUACUAGCAUCGACUCAGCAGCACCAACACCAAUUUAGGGUGGUCAAAGUAUCUUCAGCAGUCAAUCCCGUUGAUAUUCAUAAUGAAACAUGCACAGGUUCAUACCUGCCAAAUAUCACCUCCAAUAUACAUCUUUUAUCUUCUAAUUUAUCCUCCUCCUUGUCCUCGAUCAAUCCGCUAUUGAAUAGUUCAGUAAAGCCAUUAAGAAAAUCACACUCUAUUGAUGUUGGAGUUGCCUCCCUCUUGUCUAGCCGCGCGGCUAUUAGUCCCCAUAUGCUUCCAACUCCAUCUGAAAAUGCUGUAUAUCGUGAACUUAAACCAAAAGGUGGGAGGAAUCAAUGGCGUCCUUCCACUGACAGCGAAUUGGUGACUCCAGGAGUUCGCAUGGCUACAACGAGAGCUUAC